GUCGGCAAUUUAUUUUCCCUAAAUUUGACAUAUUCUGAUUACACUAAUAUUUCGUUAGUGUAAAUUUUGUUUUUUUGUCGUUGUUACCACAUAAAAAAUUGCCUUGAGCAUGCUUUAUAUUUUAAUGUAAAAUUCGGCUGUAAAUAAAAAACUUAAUUAUUAAAUUUGUAAUCGGAUGUAAUAAAUACAAGAAAUAGCACCAGAAUAGUAGCCGAAAGAAAUAAAUUACUUUAUAAAAACAACAAAAGGUGCCGUUUAUUCACUUACACUUCACUGGCAGAAACAUUUUGUACCUUUCCGCUAAACGGAAAAUUGCAUUAUUAAAACGUCAACGACAACGGGUUCGAAGGCAUUAGCGUGUACUGUUUUUCCAGAAAAGAAGUCAAAAAGUAGUUUUGCGUAAUUUUUUAUAAGCGCAGUCCAUAAAAUGUCAAGCUUUCGUAAGCGACAUGUACAAAAACCAGUACCAGGCACACGGACUAGUCCACAAACAGGACAGAUAAUAACAUCAAGUGGGAAUCCAUCGUUUGAUGUUAUUUUUGGAGGUGGCUUACCUGUUGGAUCAAUAUGUCUAAUUGAGGAAGAUAAGUACGUAACAUUUUCAAAGGUUUUAGCGAAAUACUUUAUCGCCGAAGGAGUAGUUUCAGGACAAUCGGUUUUAUUAGGAAGUUUGGAUGAUGAUCCACAGGAAUUAAUGCGCAAAUUGCCAAAACCACUCAAUGACGACGAAGUGGAGAUUGAAAAAUGUACCGAGCAAGAAAACGGGGAUGCUCCUCAAAAUGGUUUACGGAUCGCUUGGCGCUACAAUGAUCUACCUCCAGUAAAUUCCGAACAAGUACCAAGUAAAAUUGGUCACCAUUUCAAUUUGAUGGAACAAAUGGAUAAAAAUUUACUAGACUUUGUCGAUACACUUUUAUGGAAUGGAAAUUCGUAUGUUAACUCAGAUGAAGGUGACGAUGAUUAUGAUUGUGGAUUAGGCGAUGAGGAUAAUGUAUUUUUUGGGGUUGAUUCAAAUGCACCGUCCAAGGAUGACACUGAUCAAAAUACGACGAGCAGCAGUAGUGGAAGCAACAUAAGCUGCAAAGAAGUCGAUUUAGAGCAGGAACGAAUUAAUGCUGCAGCUGCACUACUCUCUGGUAAUACCAAUGAAAAUCCACGGAUUCAAAAUGCGACUAAAUUACAAGUCGAUGCUCUGCAGAUACCCUCAAUUUUAAAACAAAAACAAAAUAAUAUUGCCCAAAAAAUCUUUAAUAAUAUGAAAUAUCAGCGUUUUCUAAAAUUAGUUCAGUCAUUUGCAAAGGAGGAGAAAUUUUCACCGAGUGCAUUGGUGUAUCGUAGCCUUUGUCGUAUUUGUAUAACAUCACUUGGAUCGCCACAUUGGUAUGAUGAAGACUUUUCUAAAAAUAUUUUAAAAUUUCUAACAGUGUUAAGAGGCAUAGUACGGAAUUCAGUGUCUGUAUGUUUUAUCACUAUGCCAAUGCAUUUGAUAGCUAAAUACGAUGAGUUGCUUGUUCACAAAAUACGGAAUUUGGUAGACUAUGCCAUCGAAUUAGAAUCAUUUAACGGUUCCGAACACGAAACCAAUAUCGCUUUUAAAGAAUACAGUGGUCUAAUACAUUUACACAAAAUAACAGCUGUGAAUACACUUACUGCCUAUAUGCCAGAAACUUCCGAUUUAGCAUUUAAGUUACGUCGAAAGAAGUUCGUCAUUGAAAAGCUUCAUUUGCCUCCAGAAAUUCAAGAAGAUACCAAAGGAAGUAUUCAAAAAUUUAGUUGCAGUGGUGGCUCUUCAACCAGUACAACUUCAAUGGAUUUUUAAAUAUCCUAUUCUUUGCUAUGCAAAUGCAAUUUCAACGUUCAACAAAAUAAAUAAUGGGGAGAUUUUUAAAAUAUGCAGGUUCAUAUAAUUUUUAUGACUGCAAAUAAUAUAAAAUAAAUCCAAAAAGUUUGCAAGUGUUUAUCUAACAAACAAA